AGUGAUUGUUUCAAGGUCGGGUGACCCUUCCGUCAGAACUUGCCUUUCCAGAGAGAAGAGGGAAAAAAAAACACCUCCCGAAGGCGCUUCAGAGACAAACUGGCCGCCCUCAUCCUACUACUUGCCGGAGCAUGUGUGGGAGAGACAGAGGGCGAGGUGCGCUCUGUCAGGCUGUUCAUUGAACAGGACAUUUUUGGAUGUGAAGCAGCGGCAACAGCCCGCCGCACUUCAGGGUUGGAGGAAAGCGGGCGACCAUCAGUGUUUUACAUCGACACCCGAGGGCGGCCACCACGUGUUGUGAAUCCAGGAGUCCGGGAUUUGCUGUCGCCUCACGUCCAUCGAUUUAUCACAAGUUUUAUGAACUGCAGCCGAAGUCGACUCUGAAUGACAGUACCUCGGUUGAGAAAUGACCUUGGUGAUUUCGAUGAGCAGAUUAUGCGAUCUUCCUAUUGAAGAACCCUCAGACAUCCCGCAAUACGUCCCCAGCUGGGAAGAAUCUUUCAGCAAAACCACAGUGAUCUCAGACCAGACUAAAUACGGAGAGCCCACAGAAUCACCUUGCAAAGGAAUCUCAAAUUUUCUAACAACGUCCAAGAUAGCAUACUUCAAACGGAAAUAUGUGGAAGAUGAAGAUCUUCAUCCACCUGCCCACACCUGCUGCCAAAGAGCACGGACCUUGGCUGUUCCUGAGGAUCGUGCCCACAUACUUCGUUUAUCACUGGAAAAGUUAAGGUUUAUUGAAGAUCCUGAAGUAUUUCUGCGGCGUUCCGUGCUGAUCAACAAUUUACUGAAACGGAUUCGAGGGGAAAUGCAGAAUGACUGGUAUUUGUCUGCCUGUUCAUUCGGGGAAACACCACCUCAUGAUUGGUUCGGAUCACAGGAAUCAACCUACAGGAAGCGACUGCGGAUUGCCAAAGAGUAUGACAGCAGCCUGCAUGAUUGUUGUUUUUACCAAGACUGUGGUAAUCAAUAUUCAAUGAUACCUUUCUCUGUUUAUAAUGGAGAGGGAGCUCCCUCUUCCCUGCCUAGCUGUUCUCGUCAGAGUAUGGACUGUUCUGAAGUGUAUGGAGCCCAUAAUGCACAUCCCCGGAUUGAGGUGGCAACCAGUGCAGUAUCUGAUGUAUAUGAGAACAUUGGAAAGUUGUAUGAUAAGGAAAUCAAUGAGGAAGAUCAACAGCAAAAAGAAAGUAGCACAGUGAAACAUACUUCCAGUGAAAGGGCUAUCCCCCUUGUGUGCAGUGAUAAGGUGGUUGAUUGUAAUGCAACUGGCUUGAAAAUUGAUGGGAUGGUUCCAGCUGAAUCUCCAUUAGAUUCUGACGUAUUAAAGCAACACGUAGAUGAUCAUAAACUACGUUGUGUAAAGGAAACAAAAUUGGAAUCAUCUUGUUUUGUGAUGGCAGGGUCCAACAAUUUAACGAGUAUAGCAAAAAGUACAUGCCGGGUUAGUGACACGUAUUAGCAUAAGUGCCCACGACAGAAGCUGCAGUUCAAUCUUUAUCAUCAUGCUGAUGCACUUUAUGCUAUUAUCGAGACAAGAUCCUGAAGAAAAAAAAUAAUAACAGAAGAAAAUAAACUUACAUAUUUUGGGUUUGUUUACUCAGAUUGUCUAUGACAUCAUGUUGAGACUUUAUGUAAUAGGCUGUUGUCUAUACUAAAAUUAAGAAAAAUAUGAUCUAAGGUGCCUUAAAUUUGUUAUGACAGUGUUAAAAAGUUUGCAGGACAAUACAAGUCAUCUGUUGGGGUAAGCCGUAUGAAGUUUUAUACUAUUUUCUUACAUUUUAGCUUGCCACAGAAUGUAAAAUUCAAUCCAUUCAAAGCAAACAUUUUUGACUUUAUUUUAAAAUUCACACUUUGAUAGAUGUUAUGUAUAAUUUAAAUCUAUUCUGUGGAUAAUAUUCUCCUGUAGUCCAACAAUGGAGUGAUCGUUCCCAGUAGCAAGCUGCUCGAGUAUUUCCAUAGCAACAGAUAGACUUGCAGAGAAUGAAUUUUGUUUUGUAAGGUCUGAGAAUUGUUGGCUGACUUUGUUUCAACUACAUUCCUUUUAAUUGUGAUGCUCUAGUCAACUUCUGAACUCAGAAAUUAACAUUUUUUAAAGCUAGUUUCCUGCUAUUUGCUGAAAAUCCCAAUCCAUUAUAAUGACGUAGCCAUCAAUGACGACAGUAGCAUGAUGUCUUGGUUGUAGAGAUCUUCAGUUGUAACUGGAUAUUAAAACUGUGGGAGCAAUACCUAGUACAUCAGAGGAAUGGAAAAUGCUCUCCAUAAAACACUUGCAUUCAGAAUGAUCGUGUCCUUCAUUUUAAGGCAUUUAAGCUUUUUUAUUGUGACAGUGGGCAACAUUAUUGUUUCCAAUGCAAAUUGUACAUGCUUUUUUUAACAAUCCAAAAAAAAGGGGGGUCCUUUUCCACGUGGUAUGAUAAAUUGGUACAUAUUAGUGUUUUACAGUAAAGUGUGAUUUACAUGUAAAAUAUUUAUUAAACAUUAGAACAUCUUACACAGGCUGAUUAGUUUGGAAUGAAUUGUUCUUGGGGAAAAAUGGAAUACUAAGUUGGUAGCUUACAAGAAAGAAUGGAAAAUUAUAAAGACAAUCAGGUUUGCUGUUGGCCAAGUUUAUGCAUUAAGAAAGAGCACGAUUGUUUCUUGGUAACAAAUAUACUUGCACAAAAGAGGAAGUACUUGCAUUUAUUCCUGACGUAAACAUAUUUUUAAAAAUAUCCCAAAACAAUAUUCUGGGUGAAAACAAUUCAGUGGGACCUGUGACUCUGGGUGGAAUCUUACAGGGCCCGGUGAAAUUUGUGGCAGAAUUGCAUAAAACAUCCAGCACGGCCUAUCUCAACGUCAGCAGCAGCUUGCUGCAUCUAAUAUGAAUUUGUUGAGGAGCAAGGCAAGUUUCUCACAAGGCAGCGGUGAGUUGCCUAUUAAAGGUGAUUAUAGCUUUUUAAAUGCCUCAGUUAUGUCUCAACUCACAUCAUUAAUGUUCAGAUUCCUAUCUUACCAAGCAGCUGAACAGUGACAGUUCUUAACAGAAAUAUCAGAGCAGGUAUUUGGCGAAUUCAGCUUGCCACUGGCUGUGAGGAACCUCCAUGCACCAAACUGUAUCUCAGGGUUCUAUCCAUGAACACUGACCAGACACACUGCAUGUCCAACAUUUGCCAGUCCUUCAUAGUCCUCGUUUCACUUCUUUGUUCCACUUGCAGAAUGUUUAGCAAGAACACACCCCAAUUGAUUUGAAAGGCUACUGCAAGGACGUUGCCUGCAGGGACAAGAACCCAGCUCACUGAUUGAACUAGGCAGCACUUGUAGGACUGUUCACUUGCCCUGUGAGCACUCAUUCUCUUAGAGUAUACUCGCUUGCAGUAGCUGUGCCUUGUCUUGCCUUGCCAUGGCAUGCCAUUCCUGUUUGGCAUUUUUACUCAGACACACAAAGUCUGCUUGUCAGUAGGGAAUUGUCCUGGAGGAGUCCUUCUAUAAGACACGUGGAGAUGUCAAUGUUAUAGCUGCAGUGUAUGCCAGCUGCCUGCACACUUAUUCAACCAAAUGGCUGUAUCAGAAAUUUGGAAAGUGGCUGGGGACUAGUCCUCAGUGUACUAAAGGAGAGGGGAGAUGUUCUCUGUUAGGGGAAACCAGUACCGUCAGUCAUGUCCACACAAAGUUCAGGGACGGUCAUCCACUCAGGCUGCUCACAAUUAGUGGAACUGUUCAGCUACAGUCUGGGGAGUGGACAGUGGUCAGUUCUGUAGGGCCAUCAAAAACGGGAAAUGCGCAUUGUCCUUCAGGGAGUGCAAACACAGGGGCUUGAUCAGUUAUGUCUUAGAGCUGCUCAUCAAACAUGUCUGGGGUGGAUACAGUCCUGGGGUUUUGGAAGAUUAACAAGGGCAGCCUGUAGAGACAAUGGAGGGGGGUGGUCACUGUCAAAGGGGGUGGAGAAAUCAAGGCUUUGGUUGGGAGAAAAUUAGCAGUGGGGACAAGGAUGGGGUUGGAGGGCUUUAUUGGAGAGACCAGCACUGUGGCCUUCACAGGGAGAGUGUAGAAGAAGUGUUAUUAAGUUGUAAUAUUGGGGUUCACGGGACAUGAAGGAUUAAUUGGAGGUGAAGGUUAAUGUGGGUUUCCACAGGAGAUUGGGGUGUCUGUGGACAGUCAGGCUAGAGUGAGGUAAAAGGAGACAUGAAGGUUCUAGGAGAUACCUAAUGACUAAAUGGAGCCUGGUGCUGACUGUGUCCACCAUGAACCAUGUUUCCUGCCAUCACUUACCAUUCUUUACUGAAAUGUAACUGGAAAGUGGUUGAGACACUGCUCAGGAUGGAGAAGUCAAUGUCACUUUGGACAAAUGUGCAAGAUCUACGUCUGUAAAACUAGAAUACUGAGGGGACAUAUACUUGAGGCAUGUAUUUGCAUAUUCCAGCUACAUUUCAUUUGCAAUUAUUCUUUCCAUUUUCAAUGCAGGCAGAGUGAACAUGCAUAGGCUUCCAAUGCUGGACAGAGGUAGUGGAACCAUACCCUCGGUGCUGGCAAAUCUCACAUUUUCAUCUCAGUGGUGCUGAGGUUAGUGGUGAUGACUUGAAAGGAAGCGAAUGCUGGUGAAAAGUGUCACAUUAGUUGUAAAGUUUUCCAGGAUUCAAUGAGAGGAGAGGAAGGUUUCUACAUCGCCUGCUAUCUCAGUGUAACAAUGAACUCUAUUGAAUUGAGUGAGAUUCAAUGAUUGAUGUGGGUCUAGGAUGAGAAUGGAGUCAUUAAAGGCACAUCCUUGUGGAUAUAAUAUGGUGGUUACUCAGUUGGCAUUGCAACUUAGAGCUUCUGAGAUGUGGUUUUGGGUUUGAACUAGUCUGGGAGAACCCUCCAGUAUAGGCUGGAUACAGUGUGCUACAUGAUCCUAGUGUGUUGUGCUGUUGACAAUUGGAACGGGCAACAAGGCAUGUGCUAGAUGCUGAGGAGCCAGGGAAAUGGGAGCUGUAUUCAGAGGAGGAAGACAAAGACACUGAGGAGGAGGAAGCUUUCCUUAUGCAUGAAAGGGAUCAGCUAUAUUGGGUACCACAAGCCAGAGAGGAUUUGGCUUGUGGGCGGCACGGUGGCACAGUAGUUAGCAUUGCUGCCUCACAGUGCUAGAGACCGGUUCAAUUCACGCCUCAAGCGACUGACUGUGUGGAGUUUGCACAUUCUCCCCGUGUCUGCGUGGGUUUACUCCGGUUUCCUCCCACAUUCCAAAAAUGUGCAGGAUUGGCCAAGCUAAAGUUGGCCAAGCUCAAUUGCCCGUAGUGUUAGGUGUAGGGAAAUGGGUCUGGGUGGGUGUGCUUCGGUGGGUCGGUGUGGACUUGUUGGGCCUGUUUCCACACUGUAAGUAAUCUAAUCUAAUCUGAUUGACACUCAAUUCCAGUAGAUGUGAGCUGGUGCAGAAGACCAUCAUGGACUGUCAAAUAGCUGUUGAUCGUUAUGUCAUCACAUAGUUAGCAGUGUGGAGUAGAACUACAGCUUUUAUUCAAUUUCUUUGUAUUUGCUUUUGUUAGCUGUAAGUAAAAGCCGAUGCUUGUGGUUGAUUGACCGCUUUCCUGGAUGUGAUGUUUCCCUAGUAGACAAUGACAAGUUGUGGGUAUCUAUUGGGCAUUGCAGACAGACUGGAAGUGACUUCAAGAGGGUGUUUAAACAGAAUGCAGCUGAAGACAAGAAGACUGUGGUGUGGUGGUUAAACAGACACGACGGUGAGAGAAUGGGAUUUACUUGCAAAGGUGUGAGGCCAUGCUAGGUAUGUGCUUUAUGGCUGCUGUGCCAUUAUGCAGCUAGUGAGGGGCAAUGCCAGAUUGUCAAGUUAUCCGGGUGCACAGCAGCCUUUCAAAAAUGAUGUGAGCAUAAGGGAUGUUGAUCUUUUGGGGUAUAGACACUGGAUAGCGAGUGUUUCUGAGAAUGGCAUAUGAUGAGAUGGAGAAAGUGAGGACUGCACAUGCUGUGGAAUCUGAGUCAAAAAGUGUGGCGCUACAAAAGCACAUCAGGUCAGACAGCAUCCAAGGAGCAGGAGCGUCAACGUUUUGAACAUAAGGUCUUCUUCAGGAAUGUGGGGAGGUAGCUGGGAAGGUGAUAGGUGGAUACGGGGGGCAGGGGGGUUAAUAACGACAGAGAGUGGAGUGGAUAGGUGGGUAGGAAGAUGGACAGAUAGGACUGUUUGAGAGGGCGAUACCGAGUUGGAGGGUUGGAUCUGGGAUGAGGUGGGGCAAGGGGAGAUAAGGAAACUGGUGAAGCCAAUGUUGAUUUAAGGAUCCCAAGGUGGAAGAUGAGGUGUUCUUCCUCCAGUUGUUGGGUGAUUUGGAUUUGGCAGUGGAGGAGGCCCAGGACUUGCAUGUCCUUGCCAGAGUGGGAGGGAGAGUUGAAGUGGUUGGCCACAGGACGGUGCGAUUGUUUGGUGCAUGUGUCCCAGAGAUGUUCCCUGAAAUGCCCCGCAAGCAUCAGACAAAAGGGAUGCCAUGUGGGCCUGGGAGGUGGUUAAUGAGGUGUGUUUCAUAAGAUACAGGGAGAAAUCUUGCUGGGCCUUAUGGUGAAAAAGCCUCCAAAUAAUUCAACGCAACUCUUGCUUAGCCAAGAACCGUAAGAUACAGCCUCUUGCAUAAACACUAACAGAGUGUGCCAGAUACAAUGUGGAUUUAAUUCCAAUCAUUUUGUCCAGAGGAAAGCAAAUUUGAGUGCAGAUCCAGUCUUCUAUGAACUUCAUACAUGCUGUGUCUGAGUCAUAGGGGUCUAUAGUACAGAAAAAGACCCUUUGGGCUAUUAAGCAUGAAACAGUUAACUGAGAAACUAUGUGCAGUUUGAAAUGCUACUCUAUUAUUGUGACCAACAAAUAAAGAAAACAAAACACCUUCA